UUUCCCAAUACAAAUGGUCCCUUCCUUCCCAAUUCUUAGUAUCAAUUAAAAAAUGGUCCUAAACCCCAAUUUCAUUGCUCAUCACAAUUACACAUAGCAUUGAUUUUCAUCAACUUCCCCCUUCCAACCUACUUGAAAGCUCCCUUUCUACCACCUCCCUCUUUCUCUCUUCCUUUCCAUCUAACCCUCCAAAGCCUCUACAAUCCUCUCCCUCUAAAGCACAAUCAUUACUUCAAAAUGGUCCUCUAAAAAAAGUGUCUUUUUGGAGAGAGGAAUCAAAAGUUAGCAUAACAUACAUAACCCAUUUUUCUUAACUUUGUGGUCUCAAAUUGUGCAAUAAUGGGUUGCUCAGCUUCAAAAACAACAACAAUAGUUGCAAACAAAAAUCCUGAAGAUCCAACAACACCUUCUGUUUCUUUUCAAUCUUCAUCUUCUUCAACUUCCUCAUUCUCACCUUCUUAUGCUUCACAAUACUUCAAUUCUUCACCACCUGUUAGAAAAGCUUUGUCCCUAACAAUGCCUCUUAUCCAUCACCCUCCAACCAAAAAGGGUGACACUCACCAUCUUGUUUCCUUAACCUCCACCACCUAUGGUUCUCUUCUCUUAAUUGACCAAAAAGUCCCUAACUUUACCUCUAUUGAACAACCCCAUCUCACCAAAACUUCUCAAAUCGAUGAAGAACAAUCACUCUCUCCGGAUUCUGUUAUCAACACUUGGGAACUCAUGGAUGGUUUGGAUGAACAUGAAGAUUCUAAUGUUCAUAAAGCUUUAAUCUUUGAUAACCCAGUGAGUUUUUCAGAUAAACACAGUUCAUGCAGGUACACAGCCUUUGAUGGGUCUGCAAAAAAGAAACUUCUUGAUUCAUUUGAAUCACUGAAAGCUUCGGAAGCUGUAAUGGAAGAAAAAAAUUCCAAAUCUUUUGUGAAGAAACCACUUUGGAAGCAUUUAUCAGAAGAAGCUUUGUUAGCUAAGUUGGAUCCAAGUGUUGCUUGGAGUUACAGAAGAGCAUUAUCUUCAAGACAACUAGGUUGCAACAACAACAAAAACCGGUUAAGAUGUGUAAGAUCAAUGGAAUCAAGUCCUAUGAACCCUUCUUGUUCUUCUUUGUUUGGUAAAAGUUUGUGUCUUUUACCAGGAACAGAAGACAGAAUUGUUGUUUACUGCACAAGUUUGCGAGGGAUUCGAAAGACUUACGAGGAUUGUUGUUCAGUGAGGAUGAUUCUGAGAGGAUUUCGAGUUGCGGUCGAUGAAAGAGACAUUUCGAUGGAUUCAUCUUACAGAAAGGAGUUACAGAAUGCACUUGGUGGAAAAUCAGUAGUGACAUUGCCACAGGUUUUUAUCAGAGGGAAACAUGUUGGAAAUGCGGAGGAUUUGAAACAAUUGAAUGAAUCCGGUGAAUUGGCGAAACUGUUGAGUGGUUUUCCAACUCAAGAUCUUUGGUUUGUUUGUGAUAAAUGUGGUGAUGCAAGGUUUGUGCCUUGUGAUAAUUGCAAUGGUAGCAGGAAAGUGUUUGAGGAAGAACAAGGGAAGUUGAAAAGGUGUGUUCAUUGUAAUGAGAAUGGAUUGAUAAGAUGCACAAGCUGUUGUUCAUGAAUCAGUGAUUACCAAAAUUACUGAUUGAUUGAUGUUAUCUUUUUAUUGUUGUUUUUGUUUUUCUUGGGUUGAGUUUGUUAUUCUGAUAAAUUUGGCAGCUACUAUUAAUGAAUAUGCAUGUUUCCAUUUGA